AUGCUGAUCGAUGGCGAGAAGUGGGCUUGUGAAGCUUGCGUCCGGGGUCACCGUGUCAGCAGCUGUCACCACAGCGACCGCCCCUUGACCCACAUCAAUAAAAAGGGCCGCCCAGUCUCUCAAUGCGCUCACUGUCGCGGCCUACGCAAGUCACGGACAACCCACACCAAGUGCGAGUGUGGUGACAAGAAAAAGAAUAGCCACAAGCAUGAUUCAGAUCCCCACGCUGUUGACAAGCGGGAUCUAAAGCAGGAUUCUCGUACAAGAUGUGGCUGCUCCCAUGGGCUACGUUGCACCUGCGCGCUGAAAAAGGAACCCCAUCUCGAUCCUGUCCCGGAGACGGGUCUGCCUCCGCCACCGCAUACCUCUCUGUCGGAGCUGCCCAAAAAACCCCAGUUGACGUCGACCAAGUCCGAAAGCACGCUCACCAUCUUUCGGGAUGGUCACCACAAGCCGGCUCACAAACACAAUGACAUGGCUCACAAAUGCGGCCUGCCUUACACGAUACCGCGGUCGCAUACCAUCCAUUCGACGUCCGAUGUGGCUCGACGAUCCAUCGACCAUCUGCCGUUAAGUCAAGCUGCCUUCAUGAACGAGCAGCAGCAGCAGCCGCCGCCGCCGCCGCCGCCGCUACCGUUUGCAAACCCGCAGUUUCCGGAGCAGAUGUCUGCUCCCCUGGGUCCUCAACGCCGAGUCAAAUCCGAACAUGGGUCUCCCGAUAGUGCCCCCGUCCUUGCUACGGAGGAUGUCCCAACAUCUAUGCCCCCGCUCGAUCUCUCAUCCUUCUUUCCCCCGGCUCAACCCUUGGAGGAAUCGACGGAUCACAGCGCGCCUUCAGAACCCACGACGUCCGUGCAGCAGCCGAUGGGCAAGACGCCUCUGAAUCAACUCGUGACCAGUGUCCCCCCUCUCGACGUCUCGUCAUAUUCCUCGUUCCCAACAACGACCACGUCCCCGGUGAACUGUAUGGCUUUCCAAGAUCCCUACAAAGAGUCCUAUUUCACCUCGCCGGAAGCCGAUCUGCCCCUCCACUCUGCAGGGUUCAGUGCCCCGCCCGUCGACUGGUCCAGCUUCCCAUUGUACUCGUCGGACGUUCCGGCUGCCACCAGCACGCAAGCUCCCUCCUACGCUAGCUUCGACUACAACUCCAUGACCACCGGCUUGCCGGCUCCUUCAUCGUCGGGAGACAUCUCGGAGGUGGAGGAUUUCGGACCCUUCUCCGGUAUCGGAACCGCGGGCGCCGAUCUCCCCGAUCUCCACAGCGGCAGUGAAGGAUCAGAUAUGGAUAACUUCCGUAUCAGUUCCGCCUCCUCGUUCAUCGGUCUGCCGCAGGCGCAGCUCUUGUCGUCGAACCAUCUGGAGUCAAUCAGCAUCGACGAUUUCCUCAAGUCCGCCAACGAAUCGACGGCUGCCCUGGAGCACCAACUGCAGGCGAACAUGGGCAUGGACUCCAAGCCGCUUCCGUCGCAGGAGGUCUAUGCUAUGUCGGAUGCCGAAGCGUUCAAGCCGAUGACAACACCGACGUCGAGUAUGCCGAUGACGACGUCUGCCACUGACUCGAUCUGGCCGGCGGCAUUGUUCGAUCCGGGGGCGACCCCGAUGGAUGACAACGGGGAUAAUUACUAUCCGCCGUCAUGGGUACAGUGA